UGGAAUUCAUUUUUCCAAAAGUAUGAUAAUAUCUCUUCAGGGAGUGAUGUUAGUUACAGUGUGGGCUCCAUGCUUACUGCAACAGCUUGUCGGCUUAGUGAAAGGUCAGUUGUCACUCAGAGUGCCAAUGCAAACUUUGGUUUUAUAAUAACUGCUAUGAAAGGAGGGCAUGGUAGUUUGAGAGUACAGUCACUCCCCCAAAGCUCCCAGACAGCGGACCACCUAUAAUAAUAUCAUAAACAUCUCGAGUCAUACUUUGUUGUGUGGUUGGUGUCAUAUGUCAUGAAUGGUCACAGGACUUUUAUUAUGGGUCCUUGAAAAGCUAAGGAGAAGUUUUGACUUUCUGUCCAUGAAAACCCAUGGGAACCCUGGGGUAUCAUCCUAAAUUACAUUUUAAUACAAAAAGGGAAUUUUGUACUUAAAAGUUAAAAACAUUAAAGAUACCCACUUGAUUUGUGUAAUACCAACUUGCAAAGCCUCAUAUUAGCUUCAGUUGAACUCUGUUGAAACAAUAAAUGUAUCCCCAUGUGAGUAUUGUUUUAAGACAGAUGUGAAGGGAUGUCCUUCAAGGUGAAAGCUGUGGUCCUGCCUGCUCUAGAAACCGAACCCACUGACUGUGGAUCUCCCAAAGGAUUUCCUCACAUAACUCAAUCAGGACGUCUUUGAAAUACCGCAGCAGAGAGAAAGCUGAAGAGUGGACUGAUCCACACAGAGAAACUUUGUAAGAACUCUGAGACUUCUUAGAAACAGCUCCGUUGCCCAGAAGCUGCUGUAAACACUGACAUACAGACAUGAAAGUUGGCAGCGCGGGUGAAAACAACCCUAACAACAUGCCUGGUGAGAAGGAAGAUCAAGGGGAAGAGCCCUUGAGGAUCAUGCUUCUAGGGAAGAGCGGGGUAGGCAAGAGCUCGAGUGGGAACACCAUCCUCGGGCGACAGGCGUUCGUCUCAGACAUGAGGCUGGAGAGAGUCACUAAAUACUGUGAAAAGGAAUGUGGGAUCGUUAAGGAUGUGCCCGUCUCUAUCACUGGGACACUGAGCGAUGUGCCCGUUGCUGUGAUCGACACACCCGGCUUUUUUGAGACAGACCGCAACAAGGAGGUGAUUGUGCGAGAUAUUCUCAAGUGUGUCAAACUCCUGGAACAAGGACCUCAUGUCUUUGUGUUAGUGUACCCCAUCGGAAGGAUGACUCAGGAAGACCAAGAUACCAACAAGCUGAUCGAAGCAAUGUUUGGCCCGAGAGUGUGGGACUACACCAUCGUGCUGUUCACCCAUGGCGAUCGUUUGGAGGGAAAAACCAUAAACGAUGUGAUCACAAAGAGUGAAGUCAACCUCCGCAACUUCAUACGCAAAUGCACCGGUGGCUUCCAUGUCUUCAACAACAAGGACCUGCAGGACCAGGACCAGGUGACGAGCUUCGUGGCAAAGAUCCAGACCCUGAUGGCCCUGAAUGGAGGGGGUCAUUACAAAACGGCCCUGUAUCCCAAACCGGAGAGGAUGAUUAGGGAGAAACAGUUGAGCAUCUUGGCGGAGAAAAAUAAAGAAAUCACCGACAGGGAGGAAAAGCUGCCAAAUCGUUUCAAGGAUGAAGAGCUGGAGAUGGAGAAGAAGAAGCUGUGGAGGAGAGAGGAGGACAAAGCAAGAGAGGCCGCAGAGCAUUACAUCUCCAACAGCUCCUUAAUUCGGGAAAUCAUCUUCAUACUGGUAGCAAUAGCAGGGAUCUGUUUUAUUCGUAACACACCGUCUGUGUGUUUUCUGAUAGGAGUUGCAGUUGUUAUUUUGAUUUUUUUCAGGGAGUCUAUUCUUAAUCUGUCUAUUUCAGGAGAAAACACAUGGCUUCGUAAGAAAAAUCAGUAAGUGUAGUCUGAGAUAUUGACACAUUGUUAAGCCCGGGUCAGACCAAAGAUUUGCAAUGAGACAAAACUGUUUUACAUCGCAGACAGAAGUUGCAGCGGGGUGAACUGACCGGUCUCAGCUCAGCUCAAGCCGGCUGAUGGUGUCACCUGUGACUCAGCUUGUUGAGUCACCAGUCGGCUUGUAGUGAAGUCAGCUGGUCAAGUCAACUUGAAAGCAGACGUUCACUUCUUGUGGCAUUUUCUGACACCAGCCUUCUGUCCCCGCUGAGCCCAAGUCCAUCUCAUUUACAUCCCUGCAGCUGUUGGCACGUACAGGCUCAUGCUGUUUUCGAAAAGCUUUCGGAUACGGAUGACACGAAGCAGUGCCAUUGGAGAUAGUGGAGGCCGUGUAGCAUAGUUCAAGCAACGUACGACCGCAGGAGACGGCGAAGGCAUUAAAAAAAUGGCGGAACAAAAUAUUUAAGGGCCUUGCAGUCCACCAUCAUAGAAAACACUGCCUCCAUAAAAAGGUACAUUAGUAUGACCUCCUCCAUUGUUGCCUCGUUGCAGACGAGUUCCAACUUGUCUUGGCGUGAAUCUUUGGUCUGAACUGAGUUUUAAGAAUGACUCAUCUACAUCCGUAUUGCUCAAGUCUAUAAUGGAUGUUCAAUUGGUGUAAUGGAUUUUAUUCCAAACAAUCCGUUUGAUAAAAAUGUUUUUGUAAUUGCAACAGUUUAUAAUUCGAAAACAGAAGAGCGUGUUUGUUUUUAUAGCUUUCUUACUCGCUUUAAUCCACUCGCACAUGACGCAACUGUGAAAAUAGCAAGAAAAAUAUAUUGUGUAUCAAGUGAUUCAGUGUUUUCUUAUCAAUAAAUGUCAUUAAUAAAAUAAAUGAAUUUCUCAAGCAGUUAA